CUUAGUCGUUCCUCUCGAACCGCGGAGAAGUCCCCAGCGCGCGGGGCGACUCCGCGGGGCGCUCAUGGCGCUCUACGAGCUCUACUCCCACCCGGCCGAGCGCGGUUACCGCGCGGGGCUCUGCUCUAAGGCCGCGCUGUUCCUGCUGCUGGCCGCCGCGCUCACCUACAUCCCGCCGCUGCUGGUGGCCUUCCGGAGCCACGGGUUUUGGCUAAAGCGGAGCAGCUACGAGGAGCAGCCGACUGUGCACUUCCAGCACCAGGUGCUGCUCGUGGCCCUGCUGGGACCCGAGCGCGACGGCUUUCUCGCCUGGAGCACGUUCCCCGCCUUCAACCGGCUGCAGGGGGAUCACCUGCGAGUCCCGCUCGUUUCGACUAGAGAAGAAGACAGGAACCAGGAUGGGAAGAUGGACGUGUUACAUUUUAAACUGGAGCUACCCCUGCAGUCCACGGAGCACGUUGUUGCUGUGCAGCUCAUCUUGACUUUCUCCUACCAAUUGCACAGGAUGUCAACAUUCGUGAUGCAGAGCAUGGCAUUUCUCCAGUCCUCCUUCGCUGUUCCAGGGUCCCAGUUAUAUGUGAACGGAGACCUGAGGCUGCAGCAGAAGCAGCCUCUACACUAUGGUGGCCUAGAUGUUCGAUACAAUGUGUCGGUAAUCAACGGGACCAGCCCUUUUGCCUGUGACUAUGACCUCACCCACAUCAUUGCUGCUUACCAGGCAAGGAAUGUAACCACCAUCCUGACUGACGCCAACCCCAUCUGGCUGGUGGGAAGGGCCGCUGAAGCUCCGUUUGUGAUUAAUGCUGUCAUUCGUUAUCCCGUGGAAGUCAUUUCUUAUCUACCAGGAUUCUGGGAAAUGAUCAAGUUUGCCUGGAUCCAAUAUGUCAGUAUUCUGCUUAUCUUCCUCUGGGUGUUUGAAAGAAUCAAAAGAUUUGUGUUUCAAAAUCAGGUGGUCACCACGGUCCCUGUAACAGCAAUGCCCCAGGGAGAACUGUAUAAGGAGCACUUAUCUUAAGAAGAUCAUUUCUAGGGCCGGCCCCGUGGCCGACUGGUUGAGUUUGUGUGCCCCGCUGCGGCAGCCCGGGGUUUCGCCGGUCCGGAUUCUGGGCGCAGAUGUGCACCGCUGGUCAGGCCAUGCUGAGGCAGCGUCCCACACGCCACAACCAGAGGGACCCACAACUAAGAGUAUGCAGCUGUGUACCGGGGGACUUUGGGGAGAAAAAAGGAAAAAAAUAAAAUCUUUAAAAAGAAGAUCAUUUCUGAAAACACUAAGCAGGACCCUGAUUACCUCAUUGUUGUCUUCCUACAACUGCCAUCUUAUGAUGUUUCUGAAAAGAGCCCAUGGACAUGUGCCAACAUAUGUGUUUUCCUAUCAGAGACAAAGAGCAAUUCUUUCUCAUUUUUCUCUACACAAAUUCCAUAUCAUCUAAGCACUUAACAAAUCAUCAGGGACUAGUUUGUGGAAAGGUCAGAGGGUUCCUGAAGGCUGUAAUUUGCCUGUUUUUGUUUGUUUGUUUUUUGCCUGAGAUCUGAAUUUCAGGAGAAAACUACAGUCAGUUCAGACAUCUUGGAAAGAGUCCCAUCUCUGGUCAAGCAAAGACUUUUGGUCUCAUGAACUGAAAAACAUGUUAUGCAUUUCUUCCCCCUAUCGUAAACCAAGUUUUACGCUUUUCAGGACUCUCUUGUGAUAGAUACGCAGGUCACUAGCACUUUCCACUCCUGGGCAUCUAAAUUUCCCAUUCAGAGCUUUGAUUCCGAGAACUGAGAGGCCUUUAACUAGAGAACUGGAGAGAGAGAAAGAGCGCUCAAGAACACAUGUGUGCGUGUACGUGAGGGGCGACUUGACACUAGGACCAUCCACCUGCCCUCGGCCUAACAGACAGUCAUCUGUCAUCAGCUCAGCUGAACAGCCCCUUAUCCCUGCCCUGGUGUGGCUGGCUCUUUGCCCUGCCUUUUGCCCUCUCUCUGCCCGUGGAAUAGGCUGAAGUCAGAAGUGCUGUUUCAUUCACAAUCCGCUCAGCAACAGUGGGGGAAGUAAGGAUUGUAACAACAGGUUCUUUCUCUCUGGCCUUCACCCAACAGCCUGGAGACUUCCCCCCCCCCCCCCUC